UGGAUUUCGGUGUAAGCGCUCAACUGGACAGGACCAUUGGGAGGAGAAACACAUUUAUUGGCACACCGUAUUGGAUGGCACCUGAGGUCAUUGCUUGCGAGGAGAACCCAGACUCUACAUAUGAUUACAGAAGUGACCUGUGGUCUCUGGGAAUCACUGCUAUUGAAAUGGCCGAGGGAGCUCCUCCCCUGUGUGACAUGCACCCCAUGAGAGCACUCUUCCUCAUCCCACGGAACCCACCUCCGAAGCUGAAAUCCAGAAAGUGGUCAAAGAAAUUCCUAAACUUUGUUGAAAGCUGCCUUGUAAAAAAUUAUUUACAUCGUCCGUCCACUGAAACCUUGCUUAAGCAUUCGUUCAUCCGAGACAUGCAGAAUGAGCGGCAGGUGCGCAUCAUGCUGAAAGACCACCUGGACAGGACCAGAAAGAAAAAAGGAGAAAAGGAAGAAACGGACUAUGAUUACAGUGGAAGUGAGGAGGAAGAUGAUGAGCUGAAUGAAGAUGAAGGAGAACCAAGCUCCAUAGUGAAUCUCCCAGGGGAGUCAACGCUCCGCCGUGAAUUUCUGAGGCUCCAGCAGGAGAACAAAAACCGUUCUGACCCUCAUCGCCAGCAGCAGCAGCUGAAGGACCAGGAGAAAUACAAGAAGCAGCUGCUGACAGAGCGGCAGAAACGGAUCGAGCAGCAGAAAGAGCAGCGGAGGAGGCUGGAGGAUCACCAGAGGCGAGAGCAGGAGCUACGAAGGCAGCAGGAGUGUGAGCAGAGGUGGCCGGAGGCUAAGGCUGCUCACAGGAAAGAGGAGAGGUGUAAAGAAGACAAAAGGGCUGUGGAAGAUGAACGGUUCAUAGCAGAUGCACAGAGGAAAUCAGAAAAGAAGUUCAUCAAAGUGGAAGAUGUGCAGCACAACAGGAAGGUGCAUCGAACUCUCCCCAAAGAUCAGACACAGCUGCUGUCUCUCCAGCAUGACCACAAGCAGAAGAAGAAGGAGCCUUCCAGGAGUUCCAAUUCAGCAGCACAUCCUCCAUCAAGCAGCACGAGCAAAGAGGCCGAGGACCGAAAAAAGACAAGUGACAGCAUCCAGCCUUCCCUGCAGUGGCCAGCGGUGCUGGGGCACGACGCCACGCCACACACCAGGAUGGGGUCUGGCAGCAGUUCCAGCCCGUGCACCCCCGCGCCGCAGAGAGCCGUGUUGGUGCAGUGUGAAAAUUUCCGGGCUAGUAAGGAUGUGUACCACAGCAGUUCACUGUCAGAUAUGGUGAUGACACCCCUCAGCCCUGUGCAGGAUGACGUGUUCUGGAACGUGAGUCAAAAUGAAGAACAGCCCCCAAAGGUUCCAGAAAGGACAACCUCUAAAUUUUACAGCAGGGAUCAGCCUGGCCAUCAGAGAUGCCUUUCAAGUAACACUCAUCAGUCAUCCCCCGGGGGACAUGCUCUGAAGCUAAACAGCAGCAGCAGCACUCCUGGCAACAAGCAGUGGGAGAUGGGAUCUCAUCAGAGCAGCUGGUCAACCUCAGGGAAUCCAGGACCGGCCAAGGCAGAGAACGCUUUGUCUGAGAACCACUUGCAGUUGCACAAGAAGCUUGAAAAACUUUCUCACCCAGGCCAGAUUGCAAGUCCAAGCUCCUUUGCCAAGGGGAAGGACGGUGCCAACGCAUUCUUAAAAGCUGCAGACUAUUCCUCAUCAAGUGACGAAGUUGGCAGCAGCGAUGAAGAUGACAUGAACCACACAAGGCAACUGCUAAGCAGCAGAGUGGUAGAUUUCUCAAGGACGAGAGUACCAGAUGGAAUUGAACUGAAACCCCAAAGCACCGUCGCAGAACAGAAGGAUCAGAUUUUAGGGAAACAAUUUUCGAGCACCCAAGAAAGCUUCUGGAGUGUAAGCAACCAGAACUACCUUCUGCCAGAUCUCCUCCAGCAAAGCCAAAUUUCAGACUCCUCUGUGAACCCGCCAAAAGUGCCACUGACUAGCCAGGAACCUCAGAACAAACCUCUGAAUAAGACCCCGUGCACUGAAAGCACACCUUCCAAGAGCAGCACGUCAUCUACAACAUCGUUUACUUCAUUCAUAGAUCCUCGACUUCUGCCAAUCACCCCUCCCACCAGCCCAGUAGGACAUUUCUGUAGUUCUCCAUCUAGCGCAAAACCUGAGCCUGUCAGGAGAGAAAAUGCAAGGAAGGGCUCCGUUGUCAAUGUCAACCCAACCAAUAUCCGCCCACAGAGCGACAGUCCAGAAAUCCGUAAAUACAAGAAGAAAUUCAACUCGGAGGUCCUUUGCGCUGCUCUGUGGGGAGUGAAUUUACUGGUGGGAACAGAGAAUGGAUUGUGGCUGCUGGACAGAAGUGGGCAAGGAAGAGUUUAUACACUGAUUACAAGGAGACGAUUCCAGCAAAUGGAUGUUCUGGAAGGACUCAAUGUGCUAAUUACUAUAUCAGGGAAGAAGAAUAAGUUGAGAGUAUAUUACUUAUCGUGGCUGAGAAAUAAAAUUUUGCGCAAUGAUCCUGAGGUGGAGAAGCGGCAAGGCUGGGUGUCUGUGGGUGAUCUGGAAGGCUGCGUACACUACAAAGUUGUAAAAUAUGAGAGAAUCAAAUUCCUUGUAAUUGCUUUGAAAAACUCAGUGGAGGUUUAUGCCUGGGCUCCAAAGCCUUAUCACAAAUUCAUGGCUUUUAAGUCCUUUACCUCACUUCAUCACAAACCACUGUCAGUUGACCUGACUGUUGAAAAUGGACAAAGAUUAAAAGUCAUAUAUGGCUCAGUAGUGGGCUUUCACGCUAUUGAUGUGGACUCUGGAUCUGUGUAUGACCUGUACCUUCCAACACACAUCCAGGGGACUAUCCGCCCACAUGCCAUUAUCAUCCUCCCGAACACCAGCGGAAUGGAGCUGUUACUCACCUAUGAAGAUGAAGGCAUCUACAUUGAUAUAUAUGGGCAUUUCACAAAGGAGACGGUUUUACAGUGGGGAGAAAUGCCAGCAUCUGUAGCUUACCUUCAAUCUAAUCAGGUCAUGGGCUGGGGAGAGAAGGCAAUUGAACUACGCUCUGUGGAGACAGGAAAUCUGGAAGGAGUAUUUAUGCACAAGAAAGCACAGAAGCUAAAAUUUCUGUGUGAAAGAAAUGACAAGGUGUUCUUUGCAUCUGUACAGUCAGGAGGCAGCAGCCAAAUAUACUUUAUGACUCUUGGUCAAAAUGUACUAUUCAACUGGUAAAUCACAUCAAAAUGAAGGAUGCUUUGAAAUUCCCUGUCGGUAGCAGUGUAAAAUGCAUGGAAGCAAUAUACACAAAUUUGCACAUUUACCUACAAAAACUUUGUCAUUAUUAACAUCAAAACUCAUAUUCUUUCAGUUUGGAAAUAAUUCAAUUUUUCUGUCAAAGUAUUGCAAACAUGUUUAGUUUGUCUUCUAAAACAUCUUGCAAGCCAAGAUUGUACUCACAGUGUUAGGAGAGAACAACUUUAAUGAAGAAUGUAGCCAAUAUAAGAAGUUUCUGUACUCUGAAAAGUGUACAGUUUCAUUUUCACAGAUGAUGUAAUGUGUUAUCUUCAAC